AUGGCAGCCUCACGUAUGAAGUCGUGGUUCCCGACCACCGCGUCCCCUUUGAUAAUUAGCGCUCCAAUGGGUGGAGUUACCAAUAUAAGGCUGGCAGCUGAGGUGACAAAAGCUGGAGGUUUAGGUUUCAUCCAGGCUGGUCGGGACUUCAACCCGGACUCACCUGCGCUAAAGACACUCGAUGACCAACUCACCCAAGCGUGGCAACUUCUCGGCCUAGAGACAUCUAAGAAUGAUAGCAGCCACCUGCCCAUCGGCGUGGGGGUCCUCACGUUCAUGCCAUCCGCGCGGUACUUUGGUGAGACGGUUGUGCCAAUCUUGAAGCGGCACAGACCAGCUGCGAUAUGGCUAUUCGCACCGUCGCCUAAAGCACCGGGAACUCACUCGACUAUCGUAAAGGAGUUAAGGUCUCGGGGAAGUCCGUGGAACCCUAAGAUUGUGGUCCAGGUCGGGACUGUGGCGGCUGCUCGAGAGGCGGUUGCUUACGGAGCUGAUAUAAUCGUCGCGCAGGGCAUCGACGCCGGCGGUCACCAGUGGGCGAGCGGUGCUGGUAUUGUGAGCAUAGUCCCCGAGGUUAUAGAUGUGUUGCGCGACGAGUUUCCCGACAAGGAGAUCCCGGUUUGGGCUGCCGGUGGUAUCGCCGAUGGUAGAGGGGUUGCGGCAGCAUUGGCAUUAGGUGCGGAGGGAGCUGUACUUGGUACAAGGUACAUGGUAGCACCCGAGUCCGACGCGCAAGACUAUAAGAGAAAGGCGAUCAUAUCUACGUCAGAUGGAGGCUCCAAUACGGUAAAGUCGCAAGUCCACGACCACAUCACAGGCGAGAUAAACUGGCCCGAGAUCUAUGACGGCCGCGCCAUCGUUACCCCAACGUACCACGACCACGUCGCCGGGGUGCCUCUAGACGAGAACGCGAAGCGGCUCAACGCUGCCAAAGACAGCGGCGACGUGUCUAGGCUGGUCACUUGGUCCGGAACGGGAGUCGGUUUGAUUAAGAAAGAGCAGCCGGCCGCGGAGAUCACGAAAGAGGUGAGAGAGGAGGCACUGAAGGCGAUUACUAGCCUAAAGUCGUUCCUUUAA